GGUAUAGACCCUCGAGUGGCCCGCCCAUCGCCAUCCACCAGCCACUGGCUAUUUACUUCCUUCUCCAGCAUUCUGGACCUGGGCUGGACUGGACCGAUAGGUUCCCAGCAAUAACCCGAUCCACCAUCCACCGCCAUCUCCCGACCAUGCCAGCCCGUCGAACUCCUGGGUUCAUGCAUUGUGUGCCGUGCAAUGCGUGAUACGUGUCCUGCGCUGUCUGCCCACCUGCCCGCCGCCGCCGCCGUCUCACAGGCGCUUGAUCCCUCCCUUCUGCGUGCGCAUUGGCCGGAAGGCGGGGUUUUACUCCGGUGGUGGUGGUCGUGGUGGUGGUGCUGUCGACCUCGUCCGCUGCUGCGUCACUGAGCUUGUCUGGACAGAUGCGGCCUGCAUCUAAGAUGGAUUAUAGGUCAGGCAGGCUCACCCACGCGGACGCAUUCCCCUCGUCCUCGUCCACCUUGCCACGCCUGCAUGCCUCGCCGGUGGUUGAGACUGUCCGACCUCUGCAACAGGCGCAUCCCUAUCGCUAUGAACCGGCUCUGGAUGCUCGACCCCAUCCUACCACUGCGCUACGUCAGCUGAAUGGGCAUCCCCGACCCUCGUCCUGGCGGAACCAUCAUCGACAGGCGACGGCUCGGUCUUCAACUUUGGCAUCUCAGCCUGUCCUGGUUAGGGCUUAUUCGGGAGACCCUCAUGGUACCUCCAGCACCACCACGAUGCCUGUGCGGCGAUCAUUUCCAUUCCUCAGCGGCUCAGGAAGUCAGCGACGGGGGCCUACUCUCCCGUCGGAGGACGACUUCAGUAUCGAUGGUAUUAUGCGAGCCAUUGAACCUAAUAUCCGGCACACAUUAGACUCGAUCGGAGAAAUAUGCGGGCGCAGCAGGCUCAGUCUGGCGAACGAAUAUGGAAGCCAUAUCGCCCCGUUGGGCGAGAUCCGGGCUCCUCCUGGAGGCUUGCUGACGGUUGAGGAAGCCAGCUCGGACCAUGAAAGACAAACCGACAAUGUGGUCAUCUACGACGAUGAAACCAGCGUCGCUGAUGGCCGCGAUCAUUCGUUUCCGCACUAUCGAGACUGGGUUCACGCCAGACAGACAGGAUUCCAAUCUAGAACCUCGUUUUCUGGGGAUGGCUCGUCAACUCAGAUUACACCUCCUACAGCUCGGUCUGCCAUGGCAUUGCAGUCUGCGGCAGAUGAUCCUCUUCCCAUGACGAGGGAAUUCGCGUCAAAACCCAGGUCGUGCAGCCGGAUGCUACUGGGAGGAAAGCAACUCAAAGCAGGCUCUCGUGACCGGAGUAUCCUGACACCGGCCCUUGUCUCCGAAAUUCUGCUCGAUGCCCAGGCCGAGGGUAAACCUGUCAACCCUUUGCUGGAGACUCCUCAAGACCACCCCAUCAAGGAUACCAAGACUGCAUCUAAGCGGUGGGUACCGCUAUCCUUAAUGGCCGAGGUGCAGGCGCUGUUGAGCUGGCUCCAGCAUGGUGCUGCCGACGGUAAACAAGCAACGGCGGAGAUGCGACUACGCGCGAUGUUGGAACGAUAUCAAAAUACUCAGAAUGUGUGAUGACAGAUACAAAAAGGAACAACUGCACGAAGCCACGAUAUAGCUAUCCUUUAACGGCUCUGAUGACAUGAUAUACGAUGAUACUACGACCAAAAAAAUAGGUAGCGUUUUCGAUUCCAUGCAUAAUGACACUGAUGAUCACUGAACAAGC